GUAAGUUUCUGUGUUAGUGGGUGUCUGAGACAUUGAAAGCUAAUGUCUAGAUGACUAGUUAAGCGUCUCUGAUAGAAAGCAGAAGUUGCCUCAAAAUCUUACGUUCUGGGGACCAGCCAGACACUCAUGGGCCUUAGGAGAGUUUGUCCUCGUCGCCGUUGCAUGUGGAGUCUAGGGGGGUUGCUGGAUUUUAUUAUAUAACGUUUUCAGAAGAGAGAAUAAGAUCAUCUACAGAGCAGAGGAUAAGAUAACUUUUUUGGUAGACAAGAUGGCUUUGGGUUCUACAUAUCAACACAAACUGGCUGAAAAGCUCAUGAUACUAAACGACAGGGGGAAAGGAGUUUUGAUCCGAAUCUAUAACAUCAAAAAGACAUGCUCAGAUCCCAAAACAAAACCCCCCUUCUUCACAGACAAGUCAAUGGAGUCAUCUCUGAAAUACAUCAACAAGAAGUUUCCAAAUAUCGAUGUCCGCAGCAGUACGCAACAUCUGGGUCCAGUGCACAAAGAUAAAAUGGAAAUCGUGAAAUAUCUGGCUGGCUAUUACCUGACAUUUGUGGAUGUCAUGGAAUUCAGAGAUCACGUCUAUGAAUUGUUGAAUACUAUCGAUGCCUGCCAGUGUUACUUUGACAUUAACAUAAAUUACAACCUCACGAAGAGCUACCUGGACCUAAUAGUGACAUACUUCUCAGUCAUCAUGCUGAUCUCAAGGAUCGAUGAUCGAAAGACACUCGUUGCUCUUUUCAACUGCGCCUCUGAGAUGCUGCAAGGUCAGAGCGAGCCUUCAUAUGCACGGCUGGGACAAAUGUUGCUGGAGUAUGACAACCCGCUAAAAAAACUAAGUGAAGAAUUUGGACCUCAUACUAAGAGUGUGACAGAUGCUUUGAAGUCCAUGCACUUUCUCUUCUGUCGAAAAUCACAAUCAGCAGAUCAAUGGAGAGGCAGCCAACUCUUAAGUUUCCUCAGCAACCCUGCCGCUAUGAUUGCUCCCUCCACCUCAGAUACGAUGCCCUGUGAAUGUUUAUCUGUUGAGACGAUGGAAAGAUGGAUCUUAAUUGGAUUUCUGCUGUCACACGCAGUCCUGAACUCUCAACCGUCCUGCCUGGAGCUAUGGAAACAGACUCUUCAAGGAUCGAACUGUAUCACUUUAAUCCGGGAUGAUGUUUUGCUAAUACAUCGUGUUACUGAGGACUUCUUUGGCAGUUUUAAAGGGUAUGGAAAACGUGUGGCUGACGUGAAAGAAUGCAAAGAACAUUUUAUGACCCACAGUGGCCAGUUUCAUCGUGCCAGACGUGCAUACCUCAGGUCGGCAGUGAAGGAAUUGGAGACCAUUUUGUCAGAUGAGCCAGGACUGCUGGGUCCAAAGGCUCUGUUUGCUUUUAUGGCUUUAUCCUUAUGCCGGGAUGAGAUUAACUGGCUGGUACGACAUGCUGAGAAUGUCACCAAAACGAAGACUCCUGAAGACUACAUGGAUGCCCAUAUAGCUGAACUGAUGUUCUCUAUGGAGGAGAUCCGGAUGUUAGUAAAAAAACAUGUGCCUAUCAUCCAGAAAUAUCAUCUCCAGUAUUUAGCUAAGUUUGAUGCAUUGAUCCUCAGUGACAUCAUCCAGAAUCUCACUGUUUGUCCAGAAGAGGAAUCUGUGAUUAUGUCUUCAUUUGUAAGCCAUUUGUCUGCACUGAAUGUAAAACAAGUUGACAACAAAGAAACAUUCGAUUUUAGAGCCUUAAGACUUGACUGGUUUAGGCUCCAGGCCUAUACCAGUGUAGCUAAAGCCCCGCUAUCUCUUCGAGACAAUUCAAAUCUUGGGAAAAUUAUGAAUCUGAUCAUGUUUCACACCUGGAUGCUGGACUCUGUAGAAGAUCUGAUUACUGAGACCUCAGACCUGUCCAUCUUUUGUUUUCACAUCCGCAUAUUUGAGAAGAUGUUCUCACUAACAAUGGAAGAGCCCUCUGCAUUGCGUUUCUCUAUUUCCUUUCCAUUGGCCUGCUCUCACUUCUCGAAUUGUACCCAUGAGAUGUGCCCAGAGGAGUAUCCUCACCUGAAGAACUGCAGCUUGGGGCUUUGUAACAAUUUUCUAGAUGAAAUCAGCAAACAGGCCUCCAGCUGUAUAAUUGACAUCUGUGCAGAGCAAAGUAAUCUCAGUGAAAAGUUGCUUCCAAAGCACUGUGCUGCAUCUAUCAGCAAAGCCAGGAACAAGAAACUGAAAAGGCCACCCCCCAAAAAAGCAGAACCUGAGAGAGAAAAACCAGGCACAGAAAGUCAGCGCAAAAAUCGCAGCAUGACCACUAACAUGGACAAACUGCACCUGACUCUUAGUGAGUUCUCGAUAGCACUAAAUCAUGUCAAAAACAUCAUGGUGUUCGAUCAUUUGGUUACUCCGGCAGAGUACCUAAGUUCCCACUUAGAGACAAGACUUAGUCGGGCCCUGGUAUCGAUAGUGAACUGGAAUCCUGCCACUCGGGACAUCCAACGUCCAUCAGAGGUUUUAAGUGGGAUGAGAUCUUUUGUCUGCACGUUGCAAUCUAUUUCUCAUCUAGUGAAUAUUGAUAUCUCACGUACUAUCCGCAGCACCCUACUGCAACAAACACAAGCAAAUGAUGCUAAUGGAGAGCAGACUAUCGCCACACUUUAUACCAACUGGUACCUGGAGUGUCUUCUGCGUCAAGCUAGUACGGGGUUAAUAGUUUAUUCUCCAACGCUGAAAUGCUUUAUUGAUCUACCAGCAGAAAUGGGUGGAGAUCAUGGCCUCAAUGCUGAUGAAUACACGGAUGUGUCAGAAAUGAAAGCUUUGGCUGAGCUAAUUGGUCCAUACGGAAUAAAAUUCCUGAGUGAGAACCUCAUGUGGCAUGUGACAUCACAGAUUGCAGAGUUAAAGAAACUGGUGCUAGAGAAUAUGGAUGUGCUGGUACAAAUCAGAUCAAACUUUGGCAAUGCGGAGCUGAUGCCAUCAUUGUUAUCCAAGCUGAGCUCUCCAGAAAACUUGCUGAAAAGGAUGACCAUUAUUGGAGUGAUUUUGUCUUUCCGUUCACUGGCCCUGGAAGGACUCAGAGAGGUAUUCACCAACCACUGCCCAUAUUUGAUGAGCCCUAUUGAAUUUUUAAAGGACUUUGUCACCCCUGAUCUUGACAUUCAGGUGACACUUAGCAUAUUUGAACUGGCAACAUCAGCAGGUAUUCCAUGUGACGUGGACCCUCAUUUGGUGGCAGCUUUAUCAAAUAUGAAAACAGAAAGUUCCUCUCUUGAUGAAGAGUACAAGGUAGCGUGUCUGUUGCAGGUGUUUCUGGCAGUGUCUCUCCCUCUGCUGGCCUCCGAUCCCAUGUCCUUCUACAGCAUCGAAAAUGACGGAUACAGUAACAACAGCCACUGCCUGGCCAAAGCUAUCAUUCAGGUGUCUGCUGCGUUCUUCACCAUCUAUCAUAAGAAUAUAGAGACACACCUCAAAGAAUUCUUGCUGAUGGCAUCAGGAAGCCUACUACAUCUCGGGGCGGAAACAGACAAGUUAAAAGCCAAGAACCGAGAAUCUGUUUUACUGCUGAUUCAUUUGAUUGUUGAAGAGUCUUCAUUUCUAACUGUGGACAUGCUGGAAUCCUGCUUUCCUUACGUGUUACUCCGAAAUGCUUACCAUGAAGUCCAUCGUACCUUUCCAACCAUGAUACCCUCCUGAUUGCACAUGCUAUUAUGAGAACAAGUGUGGAAGGCACUGUACAUGCUUGUCUAGCCCCCAACCUUCCCAGCUUGUAUUAGUUGAAGAAGUGAGCAACAUGUAUAAAGUUCUGGUACUUGUAAUAAAAAGCUGCCACUCAGGUUAAUGUUAUCAGCAGUGCCUUAGGGUUCAUUUCUACAUUCUUCUGCGUACGUUUGUGGAAUAAUGUUAUCAUAUUCUCAAUAACUCCCGCUGUGUAAGAGCUGGGAUGAUUAUUUUGCUCUAUCACUUUUAAUAACAAGUCAGCCAAAACAGUGUUUUCAGCGAAUGUUAAGGCAAAAUAAUAACAUCGCAACACAAAGGAUUCUGCUGCCAAUUAUAACCGCCUGCAGCCAAAAUAAAUCACAUGCUGCAUUGCUUUUAAAAUGCCAAAGUUGUCGUUGUUUUCUUGUAUUCUCAUUUGUUUUUCUGGACACUUCACUGAAUUCCAACUUGCCCAGCCACAUUUACUAAAUAAUACACAUUGUACUAGCACAGAAAAGUUACAGGAGAGAUCAAUGAUGAGAUGAAGUAGAAAGUGGCAUUUUAGGAAGGCAGAAAUGUCACCACUGUUAUCAGGUUAUUAUUGCUGUUAAGUCAGUCUGCAUCAUCGCUACAUUUGACUCAUGUUUAAGAUGCUUUUUUGUUUUUUUACCUGUAUUCACAACUACUACCCUCAGAAGGCUGUCAUAAAGCAUUGUCUUGCAUCAUCUGUCUAUUAUUAAAAUGUUAUUGUGCUAAAA